UUUGAUCUGGCUGGGCGAAAACUUCUCUAGCAGUAUCUCUUUAAAUCGCAACUGCACCUGGAAUAGUCACACUAAUGAGGCAUGGCCAUGGCUGUGGCCUCACCGUUACCGCCACCGCCACCGCCUGCAGAAAAAUUCUCCUAAGCCGCUUUGCAUUUCGCAAGCUCCGCCAGCCGCCCCCCACAAGAAGACUUGUUUCUUCUGUUCAGCCACGCCACCACUGCUAUCGUGCAGCAACUGCUGCUUCUUCCGCCGGCGCGGUUGAGCAAGAGGUUCAACUGAUCAGAAGCCCGGAACUCGUGGCACAGGAGUACGUUGACCUUAGUCUCGCCGACAAGUUUUCCGAGGAGUUGGGUCAUGUUCGAAUUCGGCAGCAUGUUAACCCUUUGCGCUCUACUUUCAUGGUGCCUGCUGAAGUGCCUGAUUGGAAUGAGGUAUACAAAGAUCCCACAUUGCCAUUGAUGGUGGAUAUAGGAUGUGGUAGUGGCAGAUUUCUCAUGUGGCUCGCCAAAAGAAAUCCUAGUUCCAAGAAUUAUCUUGGAUUGGAAAUAAGGCGGAAAUUGGCUGAACGAGCAAAUUAUUGGGCAAAUGACCUGGCUCUUAAUAAUGUACAUUUUGUCUUUGCAAAUGCGACUGUGUCAUUCAAACAACUAAUAUCAGCAUACCCUGGGCCGUUCAUGUUGGUAUCAAUCUUGUGCCCUGACCCACAUUUUAAGAAGAAGUAUCAUAAAAGGAGGGUUGUACAGAAGCCUUUGGUGGAGUCCAUUGUGGAUAUUUUAGCACCAGGAGGGCAGGUUUUUAUUCAAUCGGAUGUGCUAGAAUUGGCAAUAGACAUGAGAGAUCAAUUUGAUGCAAAGUCGAAUAAGCUUAUACAUGUUGACAAGAUCGACCCCAAUUUGUCAUGUGACACUGAGGGAUGGUUGAUAAGUAAUCCAAUGGGUAUAAGAACAGAGAGAGAGAUCCAUGCAGAAUUUGAAGGUGCUAGAAUAUACAGGAGGAUGUAUAAAAAAUGCGUCCAACUUUCUAUGCCAAGUGCCACAGAUCAGGAAUCACAGUUGGUAAUUUUUUAAGCCCGAAUUUUGGUAUCAGGGCUUCUCUGAGAAUCCUGGCCUGGUACCUGCUGCUUCUAUUUAAUCCUGAACAGACUCUCCGGUCUGUUUUGCUGUACCCCUUCGGAGUACUUUCAGUGGACACAGAUCAGCUGCUUGAAAUUGAACGUGAGGCAUUGGACCCCAUUGCAAGAGAAUGUGGCCUAAGUAUAUUCAUCAGCUCCUCUGCGUUGGUUAGCCAUUGCAUCCUUGAGAAGGAAAGAAGCUCGCUUUAGUGCUGCAGUGGUUGCUGGAUCCCUGGUAGCCACUCUCGAGAGUAUGAAGGGGAGCUGUUCCGUCUACACGCAGAUUCACUGGCUUUGGAAGCAGAAGGUUUCGAGUUUUAAUACCUUUCAAGUCUCAACUCCUUGCAAGGAAUCAAUUAGGCCACCAUAAAUACUUGAAAAACGAAAAGAAGAGCAAACCCAAACGGAGCUGUCACACUCCUUUGUCCCGCCUUCCUCUCUUCCUCGUGUAACCACGUAUGAUAAACCGGCAUUGAAGCAACCGCGUUCGAAAACAAACAAGAUAAACAUCGCGUGUGCAAACAGCCAUGGCCCAAAGCAUAACCAAUUCUUUUAUGGCAACAAUAAAUAUUUGGUAAAGCUACUUCUACUACUUUUUUUCUCUCAAAUUUCAAUCAAUCCAUUUCCUACCAAGUUGCCGAAUCAGUUAGUCUGUGAGUGUGCUUAACAAUCCAAGGUUAAUAACAAUGGGAGACAAUGAUGAUAAUCGGGACAAAGGGUUAUUUUCACAUCUUGCUGGAUAUGCUGCUGGACACUAUCCACGGCCACAUGGGGCAUACCCUUAUCCUCCUCCUCCUGGUGCAUAUCCUCCUGCAAGUUAUCCUCCUCCUGGCGGAUAUCCACCAUCUGGGUAUCCUCCGCCUGGUGGAUAUCCUCCUUCUG